CUAGAACAGUAAAAGGUAAAUACGACGCAAAAAUAACUGUUUCACGGACGAUUGGAACUUUCCCGGAAUUAGAAAACUGUUAAAAUAUACACUCUCGAUCCGAAAAGCAUCUGUCGCUUUUUAUUUUGGCACUGCGGAAUUUAUCGAUUUGUCGGGCCGCAUUAGGGUUUUAGAAAAAGGGGAUUCCCAGGUAAAAUCUGACCGCUGACCGUCGACGAUGAUUAAAGCAACUCAGUGCUACCGCGACAACGAGGCCGCUAUGUCCGAAGAAGAGUCUUUCGUCAUUCUGGGCAGCUCGCCGUACUCUUCGCUCCUACCGGAUGGUGGUUCCUUGGCCUUCGACGGAUUGGACGACGCAAUGGAGUCGAAGGAACCGAUUGCCACGACCAGCACUCAGCAGAACCCGGUUGCCUCGACUAGCACUCAGCAGCCACCAGUGGAAAGUGCUCCCAACAGCAUGACUUCCUCGCAGCAGCAGCAGCCCAAAUCGCUGGAUUCAGGAUCAUCUCAGCACCAGUCCCUGGCGGCCAGCUUCAUAAUGGGCGAAGUGCAAUCCGAUGUGUUGAAGAACAGUGUUUACUCGCAAUUUCCAAGCCUCUGCUCGCUGCAGGCUUCCGCGGAGGAUGUGGUCAAGCUGCAGAACAUGAUGACCGAAUAUGUUAACCUGAAGAACACACUUGACAAGGUGAACCACACCAUGCUAAAUUACCACAAGUUGACGCAGCAGUGGCGCCAGGAAAGCGCCGACAGGGAGCAGGAGCACAAGAAGCUGCUCCAGGAGUGCCAAGAGCAGGUCGAGAAACUGCGCGAGGAGAACCAGAAGCUAAAGGAGGAUCUGGAGACCAAGAUCGUGCAGAUUGAGAUGGUGCAGGACUUCAGCCAGAAGGAGCAAAGCGAACUACGGAUGGGCAUUUCCGAAAAAACGUCACUGAUUGACAACAUGCGGGUAGAAAUCGACAAGUUGCAGCAGCUCAAGAUGCACUCAUUCGAGUUCGUACCUGAAGACGGUGGCAAAACCGAACCGGAUCCGGACAAGGCUUUGCACUAUGUGCAGCGGGACGAACACGAUCGCCAAGUGCGGGACUUGCAGCGUCAGCUUUCUAAGCUGGUGGCGGAAAAUCUGCAGAUCACCGACAUGGAAAAGACCUAUCUCGAGGAGAUUGACUGCCUGAAGGUGAAUCUGACUAGCGCCCAAGAGCUGAUGGGAAAAAUGCAGCGGGACAUUGACGACCUAAAGGCCAGGGACAUCCAGAAACAGGAAGAGAUCGAACACUUGCAGACCCAGAAUGACAUAUAUCGCAGGGACUUUGAAAUGGAGCGGGCAGAUCGCGAAAAGAAUGCCGGCGAGAAGGAACAGUAUCUAAUGGAUUUGAAGGCGCUGCAGAGGAGAAACCAGGAGCUAAUCGAAGCUUUAUCCGAGUCCCACAAGGCCAGCAAGUCGGCCUCUUCCUCGCCAUCUACUUCAUUGAGUUCGAGCCGAAGCAGUCUGCGCGAGGAGCAACGACCAGUAAGAGUUCUCGAUCCAACUGGAGCCGCCUCCAGGACUUCGGACCCCGUUCUGCGCUGUCCCAUCUGCUCAAAGUCCUUCAACGCGAUCAGCGUGCUUCAGAGCCACGUCAACGAUUGUUUGGACAAGAACUAAACACGAUUACUAAUUACAAUAUUAAUCUAUUUUUGUAGAAUACAUUUUAUUAUUUAAGCUAAAAAAGAGGCCACCCGGCCAAUUUAUUGCACAUUAUAUGAAAAAAAAAUCAUUAAAUUAAAGUUACGUUAACAGUGCAAAGUUUCGCCAA